UUCUACGUGCCAAUAUAGCUGACAUUUCAAGCUGAUAUUUAUUUUCAUACAAAUCCAAAGUUCCAAACCCUAACGGAACCUGGAAAACUCUUCCUUGCAAAACCUACGGCAAAAAUGUUGAGGCUGGCGUCGGGAAGGCUGCUUGGGCUAGCGUCAAGGGAGGUCUCAUCACGGCCCGUUCAGAUUUUGCCACGUCUUUACCACGAGAAUGUCAUCGACCACUACAACAAUCCUCGUAAUGUCGGGUCCUUCGAUAAGAACGACCAGAACGUCGGCACGGGAUUGGUCGGUGCUCCGGCUUGUGGCGAUGUUAUGAAGCUGCAAAUCAAAAUCGACGAGAAGUCGGGGAAAAUCGUCGAUGCUUGCUUUAAAACAUUCGGCUGUGGAUCGGCAAUUGCGUCUUCUUCUGUUGCUACUGAAUGGGUGAAGGGAAAAAGCAUGGAUGAAGUGCUAACCAUUAAAAACACGGAGAUCGCAAAACAUCUAGCACUUCCACCAGUUAAGCUGCACUGCAGUAUGCUUGCAGAAGAUGCUAUCAAGGCAGCUGUAAAAGAUGUAGAAGCGAAACGUGCCAAGUUGAAUGGCAGUUCAAAUGCUUCACCUAAUGAGAUGGCUGCUGAUGCAUGAUGUCUGUGUAUAUGCUGAGAAAAAAAAUCUGGAGACUCGGUACACAGAUUAUCUAGGGUUACCCAUCAUUGUGUCAAGUUCGGUAGACAGAGACAAAAUGGAUCAAGGGAAACUCUAAAGUACCAUUUAGAGGACACAUGUAAUAUUACUUGUCUAGAGGGGAUGUUUGAUAAAUGGUAAAACUAUGAAUAAAGCAUUGGCUCAAUUCAGAUACAAUCAUUGUAAUGUUCAGUGUUGAAGCUAGAGUCUUCUGUGCUUGCACCUCCUUUCAAGUUUGAGGUUAUGCAUUUUACCAUUUUUUUUCUUUUGAAACUGGUGACAGUUUUGGGAUCAAAAUUGGUUUGCCUUUGUAAGCAUUUUGGAAUCCCUUUUGCUGUAAGGAGCAUAUCACUUAUAAUAAUUGUACUAUAAUUAAUUAAUCAGAAUUUAAAGUUGUGUAGGGUCUAUCACUUCUUAGUGUGGACUCGACACUUAUAAGUGA